AUGCUUUACCCAUCCGCCCUCCUCCGCUGGUUCCAGCGCAAGAGGUACCAAUACGAAGUCACAUUCUCACUAUACAUGUUGACUUCGACCGAAAAGUUCAUCUUCAACUCGGUACUCUUUCUCCUCCUCUCCCUCCUCAUAAUCGCCGCGUCGCUGUACCUCCCCGAACACCUGACUAUCAUCGCGAACCGCAUGUCUUACUACCUUUCUGGCAACCGCGACGCGCUUGCAAAUUCCACGCCGAAAGAUGUCGGGAUGCCGAAUGCGCCGUUGGGCGCGGGUGCUAUGGGGAAUGGGAGGGGCAUGAUGGAGUUGUAA